AUGCAGAGCUUGCUGACACUGCUGCGGGAGCAGGGGUGCUCCUGCUCACUCACUUCAGAGCUGGUGACCCUGGCAAGCAGGCUGUGCCGGGACCUCCAGGAUGACCUUUCCCAGGUGCAGCCUUUGGUGGCAGCUGUUCUGGAAAGCCCUCUUCGUCCAUGUUUCCUGGAUAAUGCAGAUGUGACCCUGGUGUGUGCCCGUGUCCUGGUCCAGCAGGGGCAGUCCCAGGUGGCCUGCCAACUUCUAGAGGGGUGCCAGGUGCCAAGAGGCAGUCAGGAGCUGGUGCAGCUCUGGAAUGACAUCCACUACCACCUGGCCAGGAGGAGGCUGGGUGUGGCCACGCUAACCCCAGUGCAGAAAUUCCUCUGCAGGAAGAGGAACCCACCACCCACUGCUCUCAGUCCUGAAGCCCCCAAGAGCCGGAACUUUCCCAGGGAGGUUUGCCAGCGGCUGUGGGACUUUGUCUCGACCAUGAACAGCAACCCCAGCAAGGCCGAGUGGGAGAAUCUGGCUUUGGAGACAGGCUUGACCACUGGGCAAGUGUACAACUGGUUUGCCAACCACCGACGGCGCCAGAGGCUCCUUCUCCAGCGAGGAGAGCAAGCCCAGCACGUGGUACCUGGAGCCCCCAGGGCAAGGGAGCGGGGCCUUGGGCCUCUGCCACCUUCAGACCGUCCUUGCAUUAGCUCUGGGUUACUGAGCAGGCCCCGAAGGUCCGGCUAUGAGGAAAGUGGGCCUCCACAAUCCUCAGACACCAUCGCAGGACCGUGGGGGCCAAGGACCACAGACCCAGACUUUCCUGAGGCCAGCAUGGCCUCAAAGCCACUGGUGGCCAGGUCUCUGCAAAGAGGUGAGAUGUACCAGGAGGGACCUGGCCAUGAUCCCACUGCUCUGGCUCCCGUCUGCCCUGGCCCUAGCCUCUGCCCUCUGGCUGCUCGUAACAAUAUGCUGGACCCUGCGCUGGCGGCCCCUGAGUCAUGGUUGAUGUCCCUUGCACUGGACUCCUCUAAGGAAGUUUGCUUCCAGGCUAGGCCGGUAGUCCACAGUCUUGGGCUGGGCUCCAGAAUGCAGCCUACAGAUGCCACUGUAGCUGUGUCUACAGCCGUCCUCAGUGACCAGCACCCUGCAGGUAGGUCAGGUGCACAAACAGGAGACAGCGUCAAACGCCAUGGCCCUCGGGUCUCCUACGCGGGUGCAAGUGGGGGUGGGCUGGGGGCUCUGCCUAAAUUUGUGAUGCUUGAUAAGACUUGGAACAGAGACCUCCUAUAA